UGAAAAUUGCCUUGUGUCAAGGUGUACCCAAAACCAACCCUAUACUAUUGCAAUGUACUACGACCUGUAUCUCCCGUUCCCGCUCCCACCUUCUCAAGAAGACACCCAUUCCAAAAAGGCCAAAAAAGGAAAGGGCAAAGCUCCUUUACCUCCUCUUGUCGUCUCCAACGCAGACUGCUGGGAUGGUUUGGAGACCUCUGCCAGAGAGAGCGUCGCCAGACGGAUAGCGCUGACGGGGCAUUUGGGAUACUCGGUCGUGGGGUGCACUAUCGCUCCUGGUGAACCAUCGAAUCAAGUUCUUCCAUCGCCCUUCCAAAAAGGGCUGCCUUAUCCUGGUCUUGAUCCCCGAUUCGCAUCUCCCAGUGGCGCAUCGCCAUCCUCUUCUUCUUACGGGAACGCCUCCUUGGUUCAAGUGACACGGUAUCAUAUCAGACUGGAUGACGGAAAGGCUCAUUGUUUGACUGCCCAAAACACAAGUGCUCUAAGGAAUUAUGAUAUUCUGUCUGUCUCUCCGACGACCGAUAAAUCUUUUCAGCUGGCAUGUACCGACCUCUCAAAUCCUGGACCUAAUCAGAUCUCAAUAAUCACUCUUCCCCUUCACGAGCGGGCCUUUACCUUUAGGUUUAAUCGUAAACAGAUGCGUCAAGCGCAGCGGAAUGGAGUUGUUUUUGAACUUGUUUACUCUGCCGCCCUUUUCCCCCCAGCGUCAACCCCCCUUGAUGUAGCCCGUAGAUUCCGACAAAACUUUCUUUCAAAUGCACGGGAAGUGAUCAGAAUCACGGGAGGAAAAUCAGUCAUUUUCUCAAGUGGGCCUGGAGGUAGUGAGAAUGGAUUGCGGGGAUGCUUGGACAUUGUCAAUCUUGGCACUCUGAUUGGGAUGCCGGCAAAUCUAGCAAGGGAGACAGUUGAUAAAACGCCAAAGAUGGUGUUGCUUCGAGCACAGGCACGCAAGACUUUUAAAGCCAUUAUGACCAUGCCAGUGCUAGCGCCGCCAUUAGCCGAUGCAGACACAUCGAUGGAGGAUGCGUCGACAGUCGAUGUACUGAAUAAACGGGCUGCAGACGACGGCUCAAAAGAUGCGGUGGUCAAACGGUCUAGAGUAGGCAUGUGAUUAUAUGCAUCCAUCUAUAAGCGAUUUCCCAAGUGAGAAUUGGACCUGUGCGUAUACGUCAUCAUCAUGAUCAUGAUCAUCAUCAUCAUCGAUCCGUGCAAACGAAUCACACAAGAUACUACUUGAUCAUCCAUCUACCGACCAGUUCCAUGGCCUUUUCAUCUCCCUUGGCUACUUGCUCGCCCUCUGCACCUCCAAUCACGUCUCCGACCAUCUCCCAAGGAUCUCUCCCACCGCCCCAUUUCAAGACUUUUUCUUUGAACGCUUCACCUCCUUCCCUGGAGAGUAUGUCUUCCGCCGCCGCCGGAUCAUGAUUAGCGGCGGCG